AUGUUGUCGAAGUGGAGAACUUUGCCAAAAUCUUUCUCCUUUUUUCGUGCUGUUGGAAAGGUAAGAGCACAAAUAAAUGUAUGAGGAAUUAGUGAAAUUCAUUCUGUCUGAUUUCUACAAAGAAUAAAAUCUUAGCUCACUGGCACACGAAUUUCAGACCGUUCAACAGCCAAGCGCAGCCAACUCAAGAUGUUUUCAUCCUGCAAUUCCUGUGAUGUCUGACAAACUGUUUGUGGUGAGUCAACUUUUAAGGGUUUGUGGCAUCCAUUUGCUUAUGAAAACUAAAAAUGGCCAAUUCCCGCUGUUGAGAGUUUUCGCAUGAUUUGUUGAGGGUAUGUUGUUGUUGCAUAAUAAUCUUCAAUACUAGCAGUAACCAAAAGUUUAAAUAGGAAGUCCGGUGGAACAUGUACGUUUAGUUAAAGGUGCGAUUGAUGUUGAGAAUCCCUUUCAAAACUGUGUACGUGAAUCAGAGAAAGCCGUUUUAGUUCCAGUGUCAACAUAAGGAAUCACGGCGGAUCAUGAACGUGGAAACUGAAUUAAACAACUCAUACAGUAUACAUGACUUGCUGUUGUGACAUAGGAGACCUGGAGAUUCGGCUUAUAUCCACAUAAUUUUCCAUAAUUAUUUUUUUGUCUCUAGCACCGGGAUACCCCAGAGAAUAAUGCAGACACUCCAUUUGAACUUACCCAAGAAAAUCUUGAAGUCAGUAAACAAUGGUUAUACAGUAUUUCCUUUAAGAUGUAUAAUAUACAGAAGAACCUCAUUAAACUCGAACUCGGAUGGCUCGAAUUGCCUGCUAAUUCGAACUAAAUUUCCUUUCCCUUGAUCAAAAUUUCACUGAAAUUUAGCCCGACAACUUGAAUUCCUCACUAACUUGGACUGUUUUUCGUUUCCCUUCAGAGUUGGAGUUACUGAGGUUCUACAGUACCUGUAUAAUUUAUUGAAGUUUAAUUUGAAGUUUUUUAACCCAGGUUGAUUCUCAAUUUCCUUUGUCUCCUAGCCCUGAUUAUUCAUGAACGAGGGCUAGGAGAAAAAGGAAAUUGCAAGUAAAACCACGUGUAGGUUAAAAACUUUUAACCUGAAUUUAAUUUUGUAUACAUGAAUACAGUAAAAGGUCUCAUUAACAUACAGUGUAUUUUGUCAGAAAACAGUAAAACUGUUAACCACUUCUGCAUUAAGUGUCUCUUAUGUUGUUUUAUACUACCUACUUUGUGCAGUAUUAAUCAUGACAAAAAAUGUACUGUAGUACUAGAUCUUGCUGGUAAUUUGAUUCCUUCCUUUGUUAUGUCUACUUAUUGGAGCUUGUUAAAAAGCAAAAGAAAAGUCAAAGUUGGUUUUAAUGAAAGUGUUUGCAUACACAGAAGUGGCUUCGUUUGGAAAUGUAUCUACAGUAGAUGAGGGAGAGUGUGUGGGGGAGCUGUUAAUGGGGUUUUGUCAAGGUGGCCGUGAUGUAAGCAGAGCUUUUUGCUGUGUUCAUGCAGAUUUACAAGGCACAUGAACAGAUCUAAGUGGUUCGUCAAAAUAUGAACUAUUCUGUUGUUAUUGUUGUUAUAAUUUUCCAUUUUUUUUUGUUUUCAGAGAGCUAAAGUGAUAAUGGAUAACUACCCCAUAGGACACAAGGCAGCAGCUGUUAUUCCACUGCUAGAUCUGGCACAAAGACAGCAUGGUAUGAUACAGUAAACCCCUUUUAUCCCAUGCGAAUCCUACAUGUGCUGUACAUGUACCACUACUACACUGUACUAUUUCAAAGUCGCCUUUUGGCAAUCUAAAAUUAUUAAUAUCAGUCGUCAAAAAAAGGGACACUUUGUGCAACACUACAUGAACGUUUAAAAGAGUCAAAAUGGCUGCUCAACCAUGUCAAAUAUUUCCACGCUUUAGUUGCUCUACAGUUAUUGUCAAUGUGAAUACAUUUUUCUCCUCCAACCCAAAUGUUUUCAAAGAUGCUUCCUCUCGCACCCAUUAUUAUGGACUAUCACUACUACAGACACUAACUCACAGUCCUGAGGCUGUAUGCAAUAACUGAAGUUGACUGCAUUACGUUAAAUCAUUUGAUAGGGUGGUUGCCAAUAUCAGCCAUGAAUUAUGUUGCUGAUAUGCUGGAAAUGCCCAGAAUGAGAGUGUAUGAAGUGACAACUUUUUACACCAUGUUUAACAGGUUAGUUGUGUUGAAUACAAGCCUUUUGAACAAAAAAGUGCUGUAUGUUAUUUUUCUUGUGAGUAUUCCCAUAUUAUUAUGGCUCUGUCAUUUAAGAGGGUGUAAAUAAUAUUAGUAAAAUCCAACUAGUGGUCAUCAAUACUGUGUUCUGAUUGGUUGAGCUACUACUAGGCUAUAAUGUUAUAGCCCAUUAGCAGUGAAAAGUGCUGGCUUUGAAAACCGAAACAAUGGCACCUGAAUCACGUUUAGCUAGCUAAAGUUGUUUUGUCUCAAUAUUUUUUGACUAAAACAAUAUUAUUUCACUUGUGCUGCUUUCAGGGAACCUAUUGGAAAAUACCAUAUUCAAGUCUGCACAACAACUCCCUGCCAGCUGAGAGAUUCUGACAUGGUGGUGGAUGUAAUAAGAAAGAAACUAGGUAAUUAUGGCAAAUACUUCCAAUCUGCAUUUCAGUUAUUGAGUGGGGGGGAAGGCAAACUUAUUUUCGUGAAGUGGUGGUUGACCAUUUGUGGUGUCUGUGAUUUAUUGUGAUUGAUGUGCACUCAGUGAAAGAUGAACUGUCAAAAUCCUCUAUACUGUACAUGUACAUUGAAGAUGAGUUGAAGAAAGUAAAUCAUUAAUUUGGCCAAACAAUCUUAACUAGCAUCUGGCGGCUUUAUUUUACAUCACUUUUGAGUCUUUAAAUGUAUUUUCACACUUCAGUGCGCUUAGACUCACCUACUACUGUCCCUGGGGAACUUAUAGCCGCACAGAGAUCACCUAAACAUAUAGCAGAGAUCAAAUACACCAUUUGUUUUGUGACUCAUGAAACACACAAAAUUGUUGGUUGUGAACUCGUGAUGAGCCCUCUUUUCUCAUAAUAAUGAGAAAUUUUUUGGGAUAACUACAUUGUAACUAUGUAUCAUUUAUCUUAAGGUAUCAAGAUGGGUGAGACAACUAAAGAUGGAAUGUUUACUCUGACUUCUGUGGAAUGCUUAGGAGCCUGCGUUAAUGCACCAAUGAUGCAGAUCAAUGAUAACUACUUUGUAAGUAUCAUUAAGUGUCUUGCAAAUAAUUCUCUCUACCUAAGUUUCAUAACUCUCAAUGUAGUCAAGGAGCCACAGUUGUACAUGUACAUUGUGUAUGAUCUAGACAUGAAUCAGAUUCAGCCACUAAUAAUGUGUCACCUACACUGUAGUUGAGUCAAAAUUAAUAAUAAUAUAACAAUAGUAUAAUACAGCUGUAGAUAACCACUUUCAAAAGCUGUGAGGGAAUUGAAAUAGAUGGCACCAACAAAUUAAAACAGUUUUUAAAAGUUAAUCCUCAACUUUUUGAAAUGAAUUUUUGGAUUUUAAUUCUCAGAAAGCAUGUAAUUUGUUUUUCUGUAAAGAAGCAAAUAUUUUGUAUCUGCAAAUGUUUUAAUAGCCAGUUACUGGCAAGGUCUAAACAAAAUGGACUAAAUUGCCAUAGCACAACUCUGUAAUGUAAUAUUUUGAUUUAUUGUUAAUGUUGUUUCAUAGGAGGAUCUCAGUGAGAAGGACACAGAGGAGAUUCUUGAUGACCUUGUUGCUGGAAGAACUCCAAAAGCAGGACCCAGGUAAAAUAAUAUGACAGUUGAACCUUUUGUAAGCAACCACCCAAAAUGCAAAGGUCGCUUACAGGAGGAAGUUGCUUACUACAAUCAAACCACUGGCAAACAGACUCUUCCACAAGGAGGUCUGAACUCAUUUCCCUUUUUAAAGAGAAUUAAUUGCAUGUGCUUUCUACAUGGGAGAGGCAAGAAAAGAUAUUUCCUGCCCCUCCCAUCCAUGGUAAAAGCCCCUAGGGAUGAGGUUGAGCGGCACCGUGUCUUACCCCCUAGUAUAUGGUAUAAAUGAGCACCCAAGUCAAUUUUAUAGGAAAGCACCCCUCGGGACGGUAUGUCCAAGGUAAUAACUGUAUUCUAGCAAAAUUAAUAAUUAGUGCAAGAACUACUUGGAUAAACAGAGGCAAGGGGAAACAGGAUCUUGGUGUACUGUAGAUCAGUGUCAGCAAUAUAGAAUAACAAUAACAUAAAAUUGAAGGCAAGGCUGAUUGGACGUGUAUUUGCCCAAUACUUUGGUUAGGCAGAACUAGCCUUCAUCAUUCAUUAUUGUAUUCAUUCUUUCUUUGGCUGUGACUGUCUCUUUUAGGAGUGGUCGUUUCUGCUGUGAACCUGCUGGUGGUCUGACGUCCCUGACCGAGCCACCGAAAGGCCCAGGCUUUGGAGUGCGAUCAGACUUGUGAACUUUUUAUUGUCUAACGAUUGAUAAAACCUUGUACA